AGCGCGACCAAAGAGUGUCGGCGCGAGGCGCGGAAGGAAGCUUCACGCGGCGAAGCAAAGAAAUCGACGUUUACUAAAGCAAAUUGAAGCUUGAAACGUAGCUGUACAAGUACCAUGGCAGAUCAACUGACAGAGGAGCAGAUUGCUGAGUUCAAAGAGGCGUUCUCACUCUUUGACAAGGAUGGCGAUGGCACCAUCACCACCAAAGAGCUGGGAACUGUCAUGCGCUCCCUGGGCCAGAACCCCACGGAGGCAGAGCUGCAGGACAUGAUCAAUGAGGUCGACGCGGAUGGGAAUGGGACCAUCGAUUUCCCAGAGUUCCUGACCAUGAUGGCAAGAAAGAUGAAGGAUACAGACAGUGAGGAGGAGAUCAGAGAGGCUUUCAGAGUUUUUGACAAGGAUGGCAAUGGCUACAUCAGUGCUGCAGAGCUGCGUCAUGUGAUGACAAACCUUGGGGAGAAGUUGACAGAUGAGGAGGUGGAUGAAAUGAUUCGAGAGGCUGAUAUUGACGGAGAUGGGCAGGUCAACUAUGAAGAGUUUGUACAGAUGAUGACGGCAAAGUAAAACAACCCAAAAGACUGCGCUGGAUUAAACAGAGCAGUAACGUGUAUUUCAACACUCAACAAGCAUUCAGACCCUGCCUUGACUUUUUUCUUUGCAUACAGUUGUUUUUUGACAUUUUCCAUAAUUGUUUUUUAUGCCUUAGUUUACCUUGCAGCGAAGAACAUUGACAUGUGUGAUGAGAUUAAAGUAUAGGAAAACAAAUCAUUUUCCAGAUUUGCUGAAACAAAAAUGCAGCAUGCAUGUUUCUGUGUGUGUAGUUUCUUACAUGCCAUAUUGCCUAUUUUUGUGUUGCAACCCUUUUUUUUCUUUUUUUUUUUUUUUUUUUUUUUUUUAAAAAAAAAAAAAAAGAUAUUUUACCGUGGUGCAGCCUCCGGUUGAACUCUCUUCUCAGUGUUGCAGGGUGGCAGAGAACCUCUGACAUCACAGGGAAUCCAAUCACUAAAAUGGUCAGUAACUGAUCUCCCACACAUUCAGAUUCAACAUUAUCCAUUGUACUUCCUUGGCAGGAAUCUGUUUUCCUGAGCAAUUGUUGCAUAGCUUUAAAUUUGGCAUGAAUUUUGUGUCAACAACCCAGAUAAAAAUGUGUAAUGGAAGGCAAUAUGGCUAUCACACUCGGCACAAUGGAAACACGUGCCUUUCUUAAUAUCAGCAAGGUAUCUCUACUGAGCUGGUGGUAGGUCAGGCAGUGUUGGAACUGGAAUUUUCAUUACCCCAGGAUUUGGAAGGUGCAGCUGCCACUUUUUUUUGAAUGGUGGUUUAAAUUUCCAUAGAAAUGCAUGCUUCUCCUUUCUGAAAUAAUAUAAACUAAUCUGAGUUCAGUGAAACCCAGGUGAUGCCAGAUAGUGAGUGGAGGUUUAUGUCAAUGAAGGGAUUAGUCUGAAACAUUUUCUGGAUCCCCCCUGCCUUUUCCCUGCUUUCAUUUCCCUUGAUGCACUUACAGGUGUAUUGAACAUCUCUGGAAACUCCAAUAUGAUCCAUUAACUUGUUUUCAUAAUGUUGAAGUCAGAUUUAACCUUAUUUCUCAAUCAAAACUGCCAGUAACUGACAAAUGAAUCUGCUAAGCAGUUUAACCUGAUUGGCAAAGCAUCACUGAGGAGUUUAUAAUCUGGGAAAAAUGUUGUUUCAUCUGAAAUUUUUUUUUUUUUUUUUUGUGGUGCACCAAAACAAUUCCUGCUGCAGAGAUGAACAUGCAAUGUUUUGCAUUUCAUAUUGUAAUAAUGAUGCACUGUCUUGAGUGCAUAUACUGCAUCUUUUGAAGAGAAAAAUCAGUGUUAAAUUAGUAUUUCACCAAUGUUUCUCUGACCUUUGAAAAUGACCUGUUGACAUCUGUGCAACUCCCAAAAUUUUAUAGGUUCCCAGCAAGCAUGUGUGUAUAUACAGCAUUGUUCUGAUUUCUAGAGGCUGUAUUUUUGCUGCAACAUUGAUUUAUACAUGGCUGUCUUCAUUUAGUUUUUUCCUUUUCCCCCAAAUGUUUUUGAAUACUGUCGUAAGCAUGUUUUUUGGUUGUGACAACUUGUCUCAGUUUGAGAUGUAUGCAGCUAAAUUUGUUUUCCCCUAUACUGCUCAUGUCAUAAGAGCAAGGGAAGCCAUGCAUUCCAUUGAAGAGCUGUUUUAUCUUGCUAAUAAACUUGGUGUUUCUAAAA